UGACCACAGCAGCCUCCAGCGAUACAGAGGGGCGACAGCAUAGCCGCUCCAUGUGCCAGGGAAACUUUUGCUUACUCAGCGGGUUGCGGGACGGAGAGGGGAAAUGCUGUCCGGAAUGGAUAAGCAACUUCUCUGUUAAAUUCCCGGGCUUGCCACAGACGCUAAAACUACAACAGCCAAGGCAGUUGCGAGAGCCUCUCCAAUAACCUCUGCUUUCUUCUCCUCGCAGAGACCGACAUGUCUCCUUUUCUCCGUAUUGGAUUGUCCAACUACGACAGCGGUCCCUAUCUCCCUUCCCAGGGAGAUGUGAUCGAUCCGUAUUGCGCAGUGAUAGUCAAGGAAGCAGUGGAGUCAGAGAACGGCCAAUCCUACAUCCAGAAGAAGCCCACCAUGUACCCACCUUGGAACAGCACUUUCGAUGCUCACAUCCACAGGGGGCGCGUAAUGCACAUCGUUGUGAAGGACAAGAGCGCAGAAAUGGUCGCAGAAACGACGGUAGAACUCAAUUUGGUUGCAGAGAAGUGCAAAAAGAAGAAUGGGAAAUCAGAAAUUUGGCUAGAACUGAAGCCACAAGGCAGAAUGUUAAUGAACGCAAGAUACUUCCUGGAAACUACUGAUGAUCCAGAGUUUAUUGACUGUGAAAAGGAAGGGUUUUUCUCUCUGCACCAACGGAGAGGAGCCAUCAAGCAAGCCAAGAUCCACAAUGUCAAGUGUCACGAGUUCACUGCUACCUUCUUCCCCCAGCCCACGUUCUGUUCCGUUUGCCACGAGUUCGUCUGGGGUCUUAACAAGCAAGGUUACCAGUGCAGACAAUGCAAUGCUGCCAUUCACAAGAAGUGCAUUGACAAAGUAAUAGCAAAGUGUACGGGAUCAGCCAUCAAUAGCAGAGAAACCGUGUUCCACAAAGAGAGGUUUAAGAUUGACAUGCCCCACCGAUUUAAGGUCUACAAUUACAAAAGCCCAACGUUCUGCGAUCACUGCGGCACUCUGCUCUGGGGUCUGGCACGGCAGGGUUUGAAAUGUGAUGGUAAGUCCAGGGCCUCAGCUAUAGAGCUGUAA